AUGAGUGCAGUGAGCCAUCGGCGUGUCACCCCGUCAUUCGGCAAGAAUACUAACUUUUGCGAGGCGCAAUAUAUCAAACCAACUUCUGUGGUUUGUUCCAGUUUAUUGGAUUUAUUUGAUGUAAAAGUGAAACAACUAUCCAGUCAUUUACAACAGCCUCACGUCACACUGGUUGAAUAUAAAACAGCUCGCUUUUUAAUCACAGAUGAACCUAAUGCACACAAUAUGGAAAAUUUUGUCAUGGUUUUUAAAUUACACAAUGUACGCAAAUUGGUUCGAGUAUGCAAAGCCACCUACGAUAAAGAACCGCUUGAAGCUGUUGGAAUUGAAGUUGUGGAUCUUGAAUACGAUGAUGGUGCACCACCUCCAGAUGUAGUAAUCGAAAAAUGGUUUCAACUGAUUACAGACGUAUGUCAACAAAGUCCUGGAAGUUGUAUAGCUGUACACUGCAAAGCUGGACUUGGCAGAGCUCCUGCUCUUGUUGCAGCCGCUUUAAUUGAACUUGGUUUACCGUACACUGAAGCUGUAGAAAUGAUUCGUGGACAAAGAAAUGGUGCUUUAAAUGCUCGUCAAGUUCAAUAUUUAAAAAAUUUCCAUCCAAAGAAACGUCUUCGUCAUAUCAAAUCACAAUCGGAACGAUGUCAAUUAUUAUAAAAUAUAAAAAAAAAAUGUCAUUGAUCGAUAACAGAUAUUAAAUCUAUUAUUAUUAUUAUUAUUACUUAUUAUCAUUAGUGUCAUUGUACAAGUAUUCUCCCGAUGUUGACAUUACUUUAUCUCCUUUUUGGCAUAUUUCUUACAUUUGAAUGUAUACUGUAAACUGUAUCACUUCAUCUCAUUGUCUCUUUUAUUUGUCAUUUAUCUUCUUUAUGUACACUUCAUAUUAUUUUAAAAUGAAUAAAAGAAAAAAGAAAAGAAAAGAAUAAAGAUAAUUAUCAACAAAGAGAAUUUUUCUUUUUUUUUUGAUAAUUACAUUGAUUUAAGGUGUACAAUCAUAUUUAUUUUCUAAGAAAACAGUAGUAGUAGUAGUAGUGUGGUGUACAACUUUUCCGACCUUAACAGUGUGACAAUCAAUGACGUUCGAUUAGUAUGAAUAAUCUAGCGUCCUUAAUG